AUGACAAGCUACGCCAAGUUUUUGAAGGACGUUCUAUCUAACAGACGCAAGCUAGAGAAACAUGAAAUAGUAAUGUUAACCGAGGAAUGUAGUGUUAGAAUCCAGAAAAAGGUACCUCCAAAACUUAAAGACCAUGGGAGUUUUACUGUACCUUGCACUAUUGAAAAUUAUCAUUUCGAUAAAGCUUUAUGUGAUUUAGGUGCAAGUACUAAUUUGAUACCAUUUUUUAUUUUCAGGAAGCUCGAUUUGGGAGAAGUUAAGGUAACAGCAGUAACUCUACAACUGGUUGAUCGAUCCCUUACCCACCCAAGAGGGAUUAUAGAAGAUGUACUGAUUAAAGUGGGAAAAAUCAUCUUUCCAGCGGAUUUCCUUAUCCUAGACAUGGAGAAAGACAAUGGUGUAGCAUUUAUACUAGGAUGA